UCCUUCUUUCCUCCACUUCCAUUCCAGCACCUUAGUCCUAGAACAUCACAUGUUGAGCCCAAACGACUCGAAAUCACAUGGAGACAGCCAUAUAUCAGCACCUCCUACAUCAUCAUCAAGAUCACCACAAACCAUCACUGAUGCUGUAGAAGAGAAUACGCCUCCAUUAUCUGACUCACCACGAGCGCCUCAACUGACCACGGGUUACACUCCUCCUCCAAACUUCUCUGCGCCGGCUCCAGAUCACCGUAGCCCCCAUGGACAACAACUUUCAUCAUAUCCUCAACAAUAUGCACCUUACCAAUACGAUCCAAGUUCACUGCAAUCACAUGGUGUGCCUCUUCCUGCUCCUCCUCCUCCAGGGUACUCAUCAAAUAUGGAUCACGGCCAUAAUCCAUACCCGAUCCCCGUAGAUGCACCGAUCUUCAACCUUGCAUCUGCAGCUAUGAACUGUAGCAACAGCUCAGCACAACCUCAGCCACUAACGAGUAAUACUGUGCCUAAACAACCAAACCCAGCUUAUCAACAUUAUGAUGUCAAAACUCAUGGCAUGACUCCAGAAUAUGUAACCCAUGUUCCUGUCAAAUCGAAGAGACGGUGUCGCAAAUUCAUGUGGAUGUUUUUGUUUGCUUGCGUGGUUAUUGGUGUAGGUGCUGGUGUCGGUUACCAUCUUUCGAACAAAAAGAGCCAUGAUAAAAACAUCAGUGGCACUACUAAUAACGGAAAUCCACCGGGAUCAAACCCCACUAAUGUACCUUCAUCUGGAACCACAAGUCCUUCUUCAUCUGUUGGACCAAUCCCCUCAACAACAACGCCUUCUGAACCUACUGGAACACAACGUGCAGAACCUGUGAUUGACGCUACACCGUUGCCAUCAACCUUGCCUCCUGCUGGCAAGUGUCCUAAUUUUUAUUGCACGGAUUAUGACACAAAGUGCCGGGAUAAGUGUGAGCCAGAUGGAGAAUACAGGAAAUGUUUUGACGGUUGUCUCGAUUUUGCUUUUGUAGAUUAA